AAUGUGAAGUGACUGAACUGAUGACAAAAAUGUGAAGUUACUGAACUGAGACUGUUGUUCACAUGUUUUGCUUUAAUAUUUGUUCUUCAUUAUGUCUAAACCAUUACAUAUCCUUAUAUGACUUUAGAAUUUUUUGAAGAUUUUUUCUUUACAUUGCAAGUACAGAAUACAUUGAAGAAGACCAUGAAUUUUACAAGAUAACAACAGAAUGUGAGAAAAGAAAAUAGAAACUGGUACCUCAGAAAUGAAUUCACAUACGACAGCAGAUACUGAAAAUUCUCAGGGAGAUGAACAGACAAGUGAAGAGACAGAAAUUUGCCCUGAAAAGAUACGAGAUACAGAUAGCAAUGAAGCUAAUACAGACAGAGAGCAAGUUGGACCACGAUCUGAUGAGAAACACUUGAUACAAAUACUUGCCUCAAAUGAAGAAAUAAACAGAAGAAUAGCGGCAUUGAUAGAGCAGAAGCAGCGUGAAGUUGAUGACAAUAAUUGUCAGGAAUUUUGUGGUGUUCAUCCCGGAUUUCAAGACUUGGAGAACCAAUGUGCUAGAACUGCUGCAGUAUUUGUUCCAAGAGCAGGAGGAAAAAGUCAUAUUAAAGUGAGCCGAGUUGUGAACAUGUAUGGGCCACAGACACGUGCAUUAAGCCAUGCAGCCAGUGAGAGGCUGGCUAUACAAGGAGAACAAAAACAACGCACAAACUUGAUGGAGGGAAUAGCGGAAAGAUUAGAAAACAUGGAGAAACAUCUCAAAAUAACUGGGUCAUCUAAAUCAGAUGUUUACAGCAGAUUAAAAAAUCUAGAGGAAAGAAUUUUAUUUCUGGAAAGUUUGUCCCCAGAAUAUUUCACAUCAGGGCCACCCCAGGCAAAGCGUUCAAGACAUGAUGCAACACCGGCCACUGGACACAACAUUGAUCAGGACUUGAGUUUGUCAGAGAUUGAUGUCAGAAUACAAGCACUUAGAGACUCCUUACUCUGUAAAUCUGUUCGAAGAUGACGGCAGAUACUAGAGAUGUAGAAAUAAAGUGUCGAGAUAUACUUUACACCAGCAUCUGUUGAAAGACUGUAGCUGUUUACUGGUAGGAGUUGAUGGCAAGAGCUCUCUACAAUUAAUAGCUGUUGAGAAAAUGCUUCUGUAAAUUAGAGAAACUUUGUCAAGACAUUUCCAGCCAGUAUGAAAGGAGCAGCAAUAUUUGCUACAAGUUGCUGUGGUACCUGAUAGUCUAUUCAUUGUCUAGUCAAUCUGUACACACCUGGCAGCAGGUAGAGACAAUAGUCAGUCUUAAUACACAUGGCGGCAGAUUGUACACACGGCAGUAGAGAGAGAUAAUAGCUGCUAUAAACUGGAAAUUGUGCAUAAAAACUUCUCAGAACUUAUAAAUUAAAAGACGAUUGAAUGCUGUAGAUAGAUGACAGUGUGCAGAGAAAUUCCUUAGGAGAGAACUAUGUUAUUUAGUUGCAUAUUGUAGAGAAUCUGGCUCUAAUAUUGAAUUGUGUGAUCAAAGUCACUUAUCUUACAGAAUUCCAAAAGACUUGAGUGAUCAUUGGAUGUGGCUGUUGUAUUCAAACUAUUAUGGACAUUACCUUACAUCACUGUAAAUACAGUAUUGAGGUCUAAUAAGUAAAUGUAAUGACCAGUGUAUUGAAGACAUCACCACUGGCCAGUUAUGAUGGUGAUGGAAAAUUGUGCAUUUUUUUGUACUAAGUCAAGGGUCAUAACUUAAGGGUCAGUACACUUAAAAAAAAAUCAGGUUAAAUCUGGAAAAUUUUAAAACCUAAUGUUCAUAUGUCAAUGAAAUCUCCUAUAAGUAUACCUACCCUGAAAUUAACUACACAAUUUAUAAAUGUAUUCCUUGUAAAUACAUUGAAUUUGCAUGUUUGAGGUUGUUCUGCAGAAAUCAUGGCUCAGUGUUAUUUAACUGGAAAGCCUAGAAUAACGCCUCGAUAUAGCAUAAAGAAACCAACAUUUGAAAUACGUCACUGUUAAUUGAUAAAAUUGAUACAGUUACUAUCUUUCUACAUUUUAUUUGUAAGAGCAAUAAUGUAGAAAGGUGAAAUUUUCAAAAUAUGUCAUAAAAUCUGCUUGAAAUUUAUGGAUCUGUUUUAUUAUGGGCAAAUAAUUAUCUCCAAAAUAAAAGCAGAGUGAUACAUUUUUAUUGUCCAUAGGACUGAUAAUACAUUGAUAUAAAAGUUUGUGAAGUUUUGUUAAAUUCGCCCCAUGUGGUUCUGGGAUGAUCUGUGUAUAAAAAGAAUUGGAACCACUGCCUUACCCUUGCAUGAUCGUAAGAGGCGACUAAUAGGGUCUUAACACUUGGUUUUGCAGUAACUCUGUGAUUCCAGCAGGUAUGCAAAUUUUGAUUCCAUACCUCAUGUUUUUAUUUCGAUGUAAAUGAGAUGUGGAACCAAAAUUUGUAGUCCUGUUUGGCGCCAUAUAACCUAUACUGUGUUGGUGCGCCAUAAAACCCAAAUAAAUAAAUAAAUAAAUAAAUAUUCUUUAAAUUCUACAUUGUAGAAAUUUUCUAUGUACAAGUAUCCUGUUGAAAUUAUGAGUAUUCCAUAUCUCCCAUGAUCAUGAAAACUUGCUUGAAGUCCAGAUUUUGAAAUAAGACAUUGUUGAAAAAUCAUGCUCUCCUCAAAUUCUACAUUACAAAAUAUCUUUUUAACCAAACAUGAAACAACUUGAGAAAAUUCAAACAUUCCCUUAGCUGGAAACAGUUUUUGUCGAGCCCACUUGCGGAAGAUAAGGCAUAGUUGUCCAAAUGGCUGUUCGGUGUAUGUGCAUGCAUCAGUGCAUGUGUGCGUGUGUGCAUCCGUCCGUCUGGGUUUGUUUGUCUGGACCAUAAUUUUGACAUGCAUGGAGCAAUUUUGUUUAUAUUUGGCAUGAAUGUUACCUCAGUGAGACGGAGUAUCAUGCACAAACGCCAAGUUCCUAUCUCAAGGUCUAGGUUACAUUUGAAGGUAAAAUGUCAGGUCAGAUAUUGUCCGGCCCAUUACUUUGGCAUGCAUUGAGGAAUCUUGUUUAUAUUUGGCAUGAAUGUUAACCUCAUUGAGACUGAGUGUCAUGUGCAAACCCCAGGUUCCUAUCUCAAAGGUCAAGGUCACAGUUGGAGGUCAAAGGUCAAGGUCACAGUUGGAGGUCAAAGGUCAUGUCAGAUCUUGUCCGGCCCAUUACUUUGACAUGCAUUGAGGAAACUUAGUUUAUAUUUGGCAUGAAUGUUCAACUUAAUGAGACAGACUAUCUCAAAAAUCAAGGUCACAAUAAGGGGUGAAAGGGCAGGCUCGACAUGUUGCCCGUGGGCAUCUAGUUUUAUAAAUCUAGUUUUAUAAACUAUGUAAAAAUUGGAGUGAUAAAAUUAAAGUUAUAAAUGGUGUUCAAAAACAACUGUUAAAAUGACUGUAAAAAUUACUGUUAAGUCACUGAAAUAUCUGCUGUUUAACUUUGUAUAUACAUGUGUACAACCUUUUACUAUAGGUUUAUUAAUUGCUCAUAUUUUUCAAGGGUUGGUAUAAGUAUUUCAACAGUCUGUGAAACACUGUAUUGCUUAAAUUAGUUCCAUUUGAUAAACUGGCACUUUAUUGGGUUGUUAUUUUAAGUUUAAAACAUGUAUACAAUAUCAUUGGCUUAGUACUGUUUCUUUGCUGUCCUUAUUAAAGCAGGCAAACCAGUGUUAGUCUCAGUACGUGCAUGCUUGUUGUUUAGCAAUGAAAAAACGUUUUUAGACUUUAGAGUAGUUUAACACCUAGAAUUGAAGACCUAUUUUCAGCAUAUUAAGUUUGUGAUUUUUUUGUACAAAGAAUUUAUUAGAUUAAAUCAAAUUGAAAAUGAA